GAAAGGAGAGCAGAGUAGUGAGUCACGAAUGAGCGAGCAUUUAAGCUUCAAUCAACGAUUGUCUUCUUCUCAAUUAAGAUAUAAGGCGGCUCGAGUCGUUUGAAGAGCCUCCCAUUAGUCCAUCACCACAGGCACAGACUCUCCGAUCUUUGCCCAAUCGUCCGAUCCGAAAAUGAACGACACAGAUGUCUCCAAGCAGAUCCAGCAGAUGGUCAGAUUCAUCCGCCAAGAAGCCGAAGAGAAGGCCAACGAGAUCUCUGUUUCUGCUGAAGAAGAAUUCAACAUCGAGAAGUUGCAACUGGUAGAAGCGGAGAAGAAGAAGAUCAGACAAGAAUAUGAGCGUAAAGAGAAGCAAGUUGACGUUCGCAGGAAAAUUGAGUACUCUAUGCAGCUCAAUGCUUCUCGGAUCAAAGUUCUUCAAGCUCAGGAUGAUUUGGUUAGUUCCAUGAAAGAGGCAUCAUCAAAGGAACUCCUGAAUGUCAGCCUUGGUCACCAUGGGCUCACGGAACUCCUGCAUAUCGGCCAUGAUCACCAUAUGUACAAACAUCUUUUAAAUGGUCUCAUUGUUCAGAGUUUGCUCAGACUAAAAGAGCCAUCUGUAUUAUUGCGUUGUCGGAAAGAUGACGUAGAUUUGGUGGAGUCUGUUUUGGACUCAGCAAAGGAAGAAUAUGCAAAUAAAGCGAAUGUUCAUGCACCUGAGAUUAUAAUUGACAACGUCUACCUUCCUCCUGCUCCUUCCCAUCAUCACGCGCAUGGUCUCUCUUGCUAUGGAGGUGUAGUGUUGGCUUCUCGAGAUGGGAAAAUUGUGUGUGAGAACACCCUCGAUGCAAGGUUGGAUGUUGUAUUUCGUAAAAAACUUCCAGAGAUUCGCAAGCUGCUCUUUGGUCAGAUUGCUGCAUGAAGGGCUGGUGUUCUUUGUAUUUAUCAUUUCUUAUUUUUUCAAGCUCUCGAGAUUAAAAGAUUCAAUUAUGGACAACUGUUGUCUAAUGGCUUAUUCAUGUACGUUUUUUUUUCGUGUUCUCUAAAAUGCUUUAUUUGCUUGCAUGAAUGAGGCUGCUCAUUCUGGGAUACAUUGAAAAACAUAUGUGGUAGGCUGUUCAUUUCUUUGUUGCUGCUCAUUUUGCGAUACAUGGCAAGACAUUUGUGGUUUGAGUAAUAUUUAUUUGAGAAUUCAAGCUUGAGCUAA